AAACAACACAGUACAGACCUUUAAGCUCCUUCUUAUAGAGAAAUUAGUUAUUUCAACUAACUGUUUUGUGCUUAACCAUAAACCGCUCUUGUUUACAGGGUCUACCAUGGGAUCAUCCGAUAAAUUAAAACGGUUCAUACUCAGUAAUGCUCCUCUCAUCCUGGAUGGUGGACUUGCAACUGAACUAGAAGCGCAAGGAGCUAAACUACAGGGGGAUCCUUUAUGGAGCGCCAGGCUUUUGCACACUGAUCCCCAGGCCAUCAAAGAGGCUCAUCACAAGUUCCUGCUCAGUGGUGCUGAUGUCAUCACCACGGCAACGUACCAGGCCAGCAUCCAGGGAUUCAUCCAGCACCUGGGGUUGAGCUCAGAGCAGGCCAGAGAGCUGCUGAUGUCUGGAGUUUAUCUGGCCGAGGAGACGGUGAAAGCUUUCGUCUCCGGGGAGAGGCGGGUGUUGGUGGCGGGCUCGGUUGGACCAUACGGAGCCUUUCUCCAUGAUGGAUCAGAGUACUCCGGGGCUUAUGCUCAGGAGAUGAGCGUCGAUGAGCUCAAAGUGUGGCAUAAAGCACAGGUGGAGUGCUUAGCAGCAGCAGGCGCAGACCUCAUUGCUUUUGAGACCAUCCCGAGUAUCAAAGAGGCUCAGGCUGUGGUGGAGCUGCUGAGAGAGUUCCCUGACUGUAACGCCUGGCUGUCCUUCUCCUGUAAGGAUGAGAAACACAUUUCAGACGGCAGCCCGUUCAUAGAUGCCGUGCAGACCGCCUGCAGGUCCCCUCAGCUGCUCGCCGUGGGGGUCAACUGCUGCCAUCCGGCUGUGGUGGAGCCGCUCCUAAACUCUGCCAGGGCGGCACUGGCGCCCGACGUGAGCUGGGUGGUGUACCCAAACAGCGGGGAGGACUGGGACACUGAGCAGGGAUGGCUGAAAUCAGAUCAGACUGCAGGAUGGAGGCCUGAGCUGAGUCACACGUGGGUGGAGCAGGGUGCAGCUCUGCUAGGUGGCUGCUGCCGCAUCGGUCCGGCUCACAUCGCAGCAUUAAGGCAGCAGUUAAAAGGAGGCAACACAUCCUCAGAUUCAACCAGCAAACUGUUGCAUGUUGCAAAAACCGAUGAAUAAUUCUAAAUAAAACUCCUGCUGUAUAUUAUAAUAUUAUUACAGAGGAUCCUGAACGUUCCUCUGAAAUUUCCCUGUUUGAUUCGCCACGAGGAAUGCUUGAAGCUUUAC